UAUAAGGUUCAUAAACGGAACUGUACCCAGAAAAGCACGACGCACUGACAGCGACCGAGUUUGCAGUGGAGCGGGCCUUCAAGAUUUUAACUGCGCAACAAAUAUUUCGGAGCGAGUAUAGGGCUGUAAUUGUGAAAAGACUCAACCAUGUCUAUGACCGUCAAAGCCUAUCUCCUUGGGAAGGAGGACGCGCCGAAAGAAAUUCGUCGCAUUGCUGUCGACCAAGAUGUUUCAACGAGUUUUGAGUAUCUGAAAAAAAAGGUUGAGGAUGUUUUCUCAACCCUGCGAAAUGUCACCUACCAAAUGUAUUACAAAGAUGAAGACGGUGACAUGAUCGCCUUCUCCACUGAUGAUGAGCUCAUCAUGGGCCUCACCUGCAUCAAGGACUACACCUUCCGCCUCUUCAUCAAGGAGAAGAAGGAGCAUAGGCGUGAAUUCCCUGCUUUUGCCUUCCCCGGUGGUGUCCCCCCUUUCGCCUUCCCCCCUCCCCCUGGAACACCUCAUAUGGGACCUCCCCCACCCCACGGCCACCAUGGUCAUGGCCACCACGGUCACGGGCCCCCCAUGGUGCACCCCAAUGUGACCUGUGACGAAUGUGAGGGCUCAGUGGCGGGGACCCGCUUCAAGUGCACCGUGUGCCCUGACUAUGACCUGUGCUCCACGUGCCAAGCCAAGGGGCUUCACAAGGAGCACGUCCUCCUGCCCAUCUGGCACCCCUUCAACAACGCAUUUGAGGAACAAAAGGGGGCGUAUGUGUGGUUAGGGAGAAAUGGCCUCUAUAGUUGUUGUUCUUCUACUCAGUGGUUCCCUCGUGGGAAGUGGAUGAGGAAGAUGAGACACUGCACGUGGGGUCAGGCCCAAAACCAGACCCAGCCUGGUCCCUCUGGGUCCCAGCCAAGCCAGGCAGCCGCAGGGGACAGACAGCCCUCUGAUGCCUCAUCUGCUGCCUCCCAGCAGUCCCAAGCCAAUAUGGAUUACCUGAAGAACAUUGGAGAAGGGGUGGCAGCCAUGCUUAGCCCACUGGGUAUCGAUGUGGAUAUUGAUGUGGAGUUGGAGGCAAAGAGGACCAAGGUGAUGACCCCCAAUCUGACCCCACCUGGGUCAGGAGGCCCCCCCAGUGCUAGGAGCAAUAACGGGACGGGGGGGUCCAAGGGAGAUGGGACUAAAGACGGGGACAUGGAGGUGGACGGGCUUAGCAGCCUAGGAAGCGCGAGUGAUUUAGCUACGGGUGGUAAAGAUGCAGGGGGCAGUGGUGACGAUGAGUGGACCCACCUGACCUCCAAGGAGGUGGAUCCCUCUACAGGGGAGCUCCAGUCUCUCAGGGUAGGCGAGGAGGGCUCUCUGGAAGCCCCAGGGUCCCCUACUGUCCCCCAGGGUCCCUCACAGGAACCACAGAAGUCCCUCACUCUCGCUGAGGCCGCAGCCUACCCCCACCUUCCUCAAGAUGCCGACCCACGCCUGGUGGAGUCCCUGUCCCAGAUGCUGGCCAUGGGCUUCACAGAUGAGGGGGGCUGGCUCACCCGCCUCCUCCACACUAAGGACUGUGACGUCGGGGCCGCCCUGGACACCAUCCACUACUCCAAACCCGCCAAGAAGUAACGGGGCCCCAACACAGUACCCUGAGGGACACCUACAUCCCCCUAUGAUAGCCACUUCACCAAUACUGCCUUCUCUUCCGUCCCUCUCAUUAACACCUCUGGCACUUGCAGUUACUCACACAAUAAGUCUAUUAGAUCUGAAAAUAAUUAUUGCGAUUUUAAAUGUUAUGGUUGUACUGACAUUGAAGUACAGUAUAAAGGGUUUACUAGUCAAUAUUUAUCCAAAUGGAAAUUUAUAUUUCUAUAACCUUUGUUAAACUCUUUUCAAUGGGAUGUCAUUUAACUGAAAGUGUGAGCUAACAUACAUGGGUUCAUGUUAAAUUGGAUUGAUAAAAGUUAAGAUUAACUAACAUAUAUAAUUUCAGUGUUCACUCAAUAGCAAGUAUUAUCUAUUGAGUUUGAUUAAUCAAGUAACUGUUCUAACACGUAUCAUGUAGAGUUAAUACCAGAAGUAAUACAUGUUCAUUACCAGUGUCAACAUAAUAAGGUGAAAGGUGUGAAUAAUGAUUGUCUAACAUUGAAAACAUUUCUCCCCUUUCAAAACCAAAUAAAAUACUUCUGCAAAGAAA